UUUUCAGCUAAACUGGUUAGGGUUUAUGAUUUCUCAUAUAAAUUUCCAAAAUGCAGUGAGGUAAGGAUUUCGGCCGUUCAGUCCCCAACAAGGAAGCAGAAUCUGUCUUUUGAAAUCAACGACAAAACAUGUCGGGUGAAGAAGGAGCUGUUGCAGUGGAGGCACCUGCUGCUGCAAUUCCAGGUGAGCCAAUGGACAUCAUGACUGCCUUACAGCUUGUGCUGAGAAAAUCUCUGGCAUAUGGUGGUCUUGCACGAGGCCUUCAUGAGGGUGCUAAGGUGAUUGAGAAGCAUGCUGCACAGCUCUGUGUUCUAGCAGAAGAUUGCGACCAACCUGACUAUGUGAAAUUAGUGAAGGCCCUUUGUGCAGAGCACAGUGUUAGCCUUUUGACAGUUCCAAGUGCAAAAACUCUUGGAGAAUGGGCUGGUUUGUGUAAGAUUGAUUCUGAGGGAAAGGCUAGGAAGGUAACUGGUUGCUCAUGUGUGGUUGUCAAGGAUUUUGGCGAGGAACAUGAAGCCUACAAUGUUGUUCUGCAGCAUGUGAAAUCUAACUAACUUUCAGUAUGCUUAGAUUUGUGGGUUUCAGUUUGAAGUUAUUGUAUGAAUCUAUAAGGAUGAUUUUUCCCUCUAUUGAGUAUCUUCGUAGGGAUUUUGACUGUUUAGUACAAUUAUACCUGUUCUCAUUGUUAGUGAGUGGUUUUUUAUUUUUAUUUUUUAUUACUAUUGGUUUUCUGUUUAUUUAGACUGACCAGUUGAGUCAAUUGCUUAUACUUCACGUGAAUCAAGUUAUGGCAGUAUGGGUUAGGAUCCCCAUUAAAUCAUGUAUCAACAACCCUCUAAAAUCCACGCAAUUGUACAUCAUGAUAUAUAGACCAUUUCCAACGUUGCAUUCA